AAUGCAGUGACUUAUGAGGACGUGCAUGUGAACUUCACUCAAGAGGAGUGGGCUCUGCUGGAUCCUUCUCAGAAGAAGCUCUACAAAGAUGUCAUGUUGGAAACCUACAGGAACCUCAAUGCUAUAGGCUUUAGUUGGGAAGCCCAAAAUAUUGAAGAACAUUGUCAAAGUUUUGGAAGACACAGAAGGUGUGAAAGGAGUCAGCGUGCAGAGAAACCCUCUGAAUAUACUCAACCUGAUAAAGGGUUUGCUUUACGUGCUCACAGUCAUGCCCAAAGGCAUGAAAGGAUUCAUACAGAAAAGAUCCCCUCUGAAGUUAUUCACUGUGUCGAAGACUUUUUACCUUACACAAGUCACCAAGUACAUAAAAGAACACAAACUAGACAGACACCCUAUGAAUGUAAUCAAUGUGGUAAAGGAUUUGCAAUGCCCAGUUAUCUUAAAAGGAAUGAAAGAUUUCAUACUAGAGAGAAACCCUACAAGUGUAAUCAGUGUGAUAAAUCCUUUUCAAAGCAUAAUCAUCUUCAAAGUCAUAGAAGAACACAUACUGGAGAGAAACCCUACAAAUGUAAUCAAUGUUAUAAAGCCUUUUCUGAGAAAUGUAAUCUCCAAGAACAUAUAAGGAUACAUACUGGAGAGAAACCCUACAAAUGUAAUCAGUCUGAUAAAGCCUUUUCUCAAUACAAUAUACUUCAAAGUCAUAGAAGAACACAUACUGGAGAGAAACCUUACAAAUGUAAUCAAUGUGAUAAAGCCUUUUUUCAAUACAGUACUCAUCAAAGUCAUAGAAGAACACAUACUGGAGAGAAACCCUUCAAAUGUAAUCAAUGUGAUAAAGCCUUUUCCCAAUGCUGUUAUAUCUACGUUCAUACAAGAACACAUACCGGAAAGAAACCCUACAAAUGUAAUCAAUGUGAUAAGGCCUUUUCCCAAUACAGUCAUCUCCACAUUCAUAGAAGAACACAUACUGGAGAGAAACCAUUAAAAUGUAAUGAAUGUGAUAAAACAUUUUCAAACCACAGUACUCUUCAAAAUCAUAGAAGAACACAUACUGGAGAGAAACCCUUCAAAUGUAAUCAAUGUGAUAAAGGUUUUUCACAACACAGUACUCUUCAAAAUCAUAGAAGAACACAUACCGGAGAGAAACCCUUCAAAUGUAAUCAAUGUGAUAAAGCUUUUUCACGACACAGUAUUCUUCAAACUCAUAGAAGAACACAUACCGGAGAGAAACCCUACAAAUGUAAUCAAUGUGAUAAAGCCUUUUCCCAAUACAGUUAUCUCCACAUUCAUAGAAGAACACAUACUGGAGAGAAACCCUUCAAAUGUAAUCAAUGUGAUAAAGCCUUUUCUGUGAAAUGUAAUCUCCAAAAGCAUAUAAGGAUACAUACUGGAGAGAAACCCUACAAAUGUAAUCAAUGUGAUAAAGCUUUUUCUGAGAAAUAUAGUCUCCAAAACCAUAUAAGGAUACAUACUGGAGAGAAACCCUACAAAUGUAAUCAGUGUGAUAAAGCCUUUUCUGAGAAAUCUAGUCUCCAAAGACAUAUAAGGAUACAUACUGGAGAAAAACCCUACAAAUGUAAUCAAUGUGAAAAAGCCUUUUCCCAAUCCAGUAAUCUCCACAUUCAUAUAACAACACAUACUGGAGAGAAACCCUACAAAUGUAAUCAAUGUGAUAAAGCCUUUUCAAAACACAGUACUCUUCAAACUCAUAGAAGAACACAUACCUGAGAGAAACCCUUCAAAUGUAAUGAAUGUGAUAAAGCUUUUUCCCAAUAUAGUAAUCUCCACAUUCAUAAAAUAGCACAUACUGGAGAAAAACCCUACAAAUAUAAUCAAUGUGAUAAAGGCUUUUCCCAAUACUGUCAUCUUCAAAUUCACAGAAAAACACAUACCUAAGAGAAUCCCUUCAAAUUUAAUGAAUGUGAUGAAGGCUUUUCCCACCAUUAUAAUAUACAAAUUCAUGAGAGAAGACAUACUAGAGAGAAACCUUACAAGUGUAUUCAGUGUGUGUAAAUCUUUUCAAAGCAUUUUCAUCUUCAAAAGAAUAAAGAAUCCACACUGGA